AUGGAUUUUCUCACAUCGUUUUUCAAUGAAACCACUUCAAGAUUUCCAGAGAGAUUUAUUCAUUUGGGUGGUGAUGAUGUAUCGUUUGAAUGUUGGCAAUCAAAUCCUCAGAUUGUGAAAUUCAUGGAGACGCAGCGUUUCGGCGACGACUUUGGAAAACUCGAAUCAUAUUAUUUUGACGAACUUAUCACAGCUAUUCAAUCUGUUCAACAGGAAAGGGGUCCUAUCACACCAGUUGUUUGGGAGGACGCAUUCGAGAAUGGCUAUCGUCCGGAGGAGAAAAAAACUGUGUUCCAAGUACGGAAUGAUUCGGAAAGGCAAGAGCGUGUCAAGAACAUAACAUCAGCUGGCUAUCGAGUUAUACUUUCCUCAUGUUUUCGUAUCUUUGCCACUAAUUAUGUGGAGCAUUGGUACCCAUACUACGAAUGUGAUCCAAGAGACUUCUCAGGUAAGAUCCUAUUAGCCAUGUGAAUCAUGUUUCUAUUUUGAGUACUCUCUGUGACUUCUCACUUCAUCUUGGUAUCACAAAGAACAACUGCAGUCAGCUUCCACGCUCUAUUAGCUACAUCCCAUUC